CGAACACUUCUCGUUUGAGGGUCUAUCCAGGUCUUGUUCCUGUUUAGAUCUUUGCCCAUUUCCCUUCCGCCUGGACAUCCAUCGUCUUGCGAUCUAUUGUACGGUAGCUGUACCGUACUACCACCUAUCUCUGCUCAUUUCCAAGAAGACCGGCGUGGCAGCAUGUCGAACUCUUCAAAGGACCCAGUGUCAGCACACACCACGUCCGCCAGCACACCGUUGCGCGAUCCCACCACCUACAUCACCGGCCACAAUACAGAAGAUGCUACAGCCGUCUAUCACUCAGUCAAACCGGCCGACUGGCAACCCAUCAAAGACACCAAUUACUUCAACGUCAGCUUCACGACGUCCAGCAUGCCCGUCAGCAUGGACAACGACGUCGACAUCAAACAGCACGAACAGGUCAUGGCUGCAGGCACCCUAGGCCUCGUGAGACCAAACGGGACGGUCUGUCGCACAGUGGAUUUCGCACCCAACGGUGAGGCUCUGAUGCAUCGCACAAAAAGUCUGGACUACGGCAUCGUGAUCGAAGGAGAGAUCGAGCUGCAUCUGGAUUCCGGCGAGGUGCGCACCCUCAAAAGGGGCGACGUUGCAGUGCAGAGGGCCACGAUGCACGCGUGGAAGAAUGCCAGUCCGACUGAAUGGGCCAGGAUGGUAUUCGUCCUGCAAGACAGUCAGCCGCUGAAGGUGGGCGAUAAGGUACUCGGAGAAGAUCUCGGUCACGCCAAAGGUGUCAUUCCGGACAGUGGCAAUGACAAGUGAGCGUUCGAAUCAGGGCACAAGUCAUAGCAAGGCACAGUUUUCACAUACUACGGGCUCUAGGGUACUAUGUACCAUAAUAGACCGUGUGAUUUAGUUGCCAUUCGAAGACAAACAGCAGCGAGGAUAAUUUACGAGGCAGGAUGGCCCCCUGUUCAAUGCGAUGCCAAAAUGAUG